AUGAAAGAACAGUCUCUCACGAGCGGGCCUCUGUCUGAGAUUGGAUCCGCAGUAGCCAUAUUCACACUUACUGCGUGUAUGUAUAUAUAAAAUAUAGAUACACCGCUAUAUUCAUCUCUAUCUCUCUCUCUCGCGGAUUCUCUCUCGUCGGUGUUCUCUGAAAUUAGUUCCUGAAAGCGCGUAAGGAAAUAGGUGCCGAGAGGGGAAUUGGGAGGAAGUGCGUGUUUUCUUCUCUCUCUCUGUGUGUGUGUGUGUUUCCUAAUGAAAGCAAUGGUGUGGGUAGCUGAGAAGAGGACAAAUCUUGGGUUCGUAAGAAAUUCAUGAAAACCCGCAACGGAAUAGCCUACAAUUGAGGGAUUUAAUUUUGUUUAUUCGUUCCGUUCGGUGAAUUUGUUGCAUCUUUUCAGGUUUAAAAUGUCGAGGCCUCUUCACCGGGGUGUAUUAGGCGGUAGCGGCGGCGGGCGAUUUUCAGCAAACAGUCAUGAUUUAUGGGAAGAUUCUCAGAUGAAAGAACGCCCGGAUAAGGAGGACGUGGAUCCGAAACGUACAAACGGAGCCGACCACACUCAUUCGUCCAUCAAGUUUCUAUUUCGAUACCUCUUCCCGGACAAUUUAUCCUCGAAGCACGGUCUGAACGAGAACAGUUUCAUGUCGGAUCCCUUCAGCCCCGGCCCCACAAGGAGUCGCCAUAAAGUGACGCUCUCUUUCCUCAAAUUGAGUUUAGUCGUGAUCGUAAUUCUCGCUCUCACCGGUUCGUUUUAUUGGACGCUUUCUAUAACUUCCACUUCGAGGGGGCAGAUAUUUAGAGGGUAUAGGCGGCUCCAAGAGCAAGUGGUGACAGAUCUUUAUGAAAUCGGGGAGCUCUCUCUAGGGUUUUCGAGGAUGAGAGAAUUGGAGUACUGUUCGAUGGAGUCUUUGAACUACGUGCCUUGCUUCAAUGUUUCGGAAAAUCUUGCUCUGGGAUUAUCGGACGGUGAAGAGUUUGACCGCCAUUGUGGGCCCGGUUCGAAACAGAGCUGCUUGGUUCUGCCACCUCUUAAUUAUAGGAUUCCCCUUCGUUGGCCUUCGGGGAGAGAUGUUAUCUGGUUGGCUAAUGUUAACAUUACUGCACAGGAGGUGCUUUCUUCUGGCAGUUUGACUAGGAGAAUGAUGAUGGUGGAUGAAGAUCAAAUUUCUUUCCGUUCGGGGUUUUCUGAUGUUGAAGACUACGCGCAUCAAAUUGCGGAAAUUAUUGGGCUUAGGAAUGUAUCUUAUUUUACACAAGCCGGAGUUCGAACAAUCUUGGACAUAGAAUGCGGUUACGGUAGUUUAGGUGCGCAUCUAUCGUCGAACCAACUACUGACAAUGUGCCUAGCAAACUACGAGGCAUCAGGCAGUCAAGUUCAACUAACCCUCGAACGAGGUCUCCCCGCAAUUAUCGGUUCGUUCACUUCAAAGCAGUUACCAUAUCCAUCGCUCUCUUUCGACAUGAUACACUGUGUUAGAUGUCACGUUGACUGGGAUAAAAAAGAUGGAAUAUACUUGUUCGAAGUUGACCGGUUAUUGCGACCUGGUGGAUAUUUCGUGUGGACCGACCCGCUUAUAAAUUCUCAGCGUUCGGUUCGAGAUAAAGCAAAUCUGAAGAAAUGGAAUACGGUCCGUUUGUUGACAGAGAAUCUCUGCUGGGAGAUGCUGCCUCAGCAAGAUGACACUGUUGUGUGGAAGAAGACUAGUAAGAAGAAUUGCUAUUCAGCAAGGAAAGCUGGCUCACCUCUUUGCAGUAAGGGGCAUGACAAUGAGUCACCGUAUUAUCGGCCGCUCCAGUCUUGCAUUGGAGGUACUCAGAGCCGUCGGUGGAUUCCGAUUGAAGAAAGGAGGAAAUGGCCUGCUCAGUCUAAAUUGAACUCCGCUGAACUCGAACUUCAUGGUAAUAAUAUUUAAAGAUGUAUUAUUUUAUUACCUC